AGUUUUGGUUUAACGUUGUUAAAGAGACUACACUAACUUGAAUUGCACUUUGGUUAUUACUUAGUUUUAGUUGUAAAUAGUUAAAUGAGUUUUUCGAAAUCAUUAUCAUCCAGAAACGACUCGAAUUUGAUGGGAACAAAAGUUGGUACAAGAUAUCUUUGAGAGAGGAAUCUUGAAAAACUAAGUAUGGAUCGUCGUAAACUUCAAGACCUUUUCAAAAAACCCGUUCCUGAAGAUGAAGAAAGCCUGUUGGGCAAAAACGAUUCAAAUGGUAACGUGCCUCCAGAAAGUAAUGUUCCUCAGAGUGGCGCCUCUGGAUUAUUUCGACAGAAAUCAUUUAGAGCUUGCGAUCGCCAACUGAAUGCGUUAUCCUCGUACAUGCGAUGCGCUUGCUCCUUAGACAAAACACCCGCCAUUGGGAGUCUAUUUACAAGCAAGAUGGCGGCCUCGCCGGCCAAUAAUCCAUCAAUUCCGUGGUCUCACAGUCAUGAGGACUACGAAUUACGAGAUGUCAUUGGUGUUGGGGCAACUGCUGUUGUUUAUGCAGCAUUUUGUAAGACAAAGGGUGAGAAAUGUGCCAUAAAAAGAAUAAACUUGGAAAAAUGGAAUACAUCAAUGGACGAUCUGUUGAAAGAAAUUCAAGCCAUGUCAAGCUGCAACCACAUAAAUGUAGUGACAUACUACACAAGCUUUGUGGUACGCGAUGAGCUGUGGCUGGUGUUGAAAUUGUUGGAAGGUGGAAGUCUUUUGGAUCUAAUCAAAUAUAAGAUGAAUGUAUCCAACUGCAGGAAUGGAGUAUUUGAUGAGGCGACCAUAGCCACGGUUCUGAAGGAAGUCCUGAAAGGUUUAGAAUACUUUCAUAACAAUGGGCAAAUACACAGGGAUAUUAAAGCUGGCAAUAUUUUACUCGGUGAAGAUGGAAUUGUUCAGAUAGCCGAUUUUGGAGUCUCCGCCUGGCUGGCCACAGGCAGCGAUAUGACCAGGCAGAAAGUUAGACAUACAUUCGUCGGCACACCUUGUUGGAUGGCACCUGAAGUUAUGGACCCGGACCAAGGCUAUGAUUUCAAGGCUGAUAUCUGGUCGUUUGGUAUAACAGCGAUUGAGAUGGCCACAGGGACAGCACCAUAUCAUAAAUAUCCACCAAUGAAAGUUUUGAUACUGACUUUGAAAAAUGACCCACCAAACUUGGAUACAGGUUCAGAAGACAAGGAACAGUACAAAGUGUAUGGAAUAACAUUUAGAAAAAUGAUUACGGACUGUUUGCAAAAAGACCCAUCGAAAAGGCCUACCGCCACAGAACUGUUGAAGCACCCGUUCUUUAGAAAAGCAAAAGACCGAAAGUAUCUGACUCAAACAUUGCUUGAUAUGGGCCCCGGUGUAGGGACAAGAGUGCAAAAGGUAAAAAUAAUCAAGGCUAGUAAACGCCAAAUAGGCUCUUCAGGUCGCCUCCACCGCACUUUGUCGGGAGAGUGGAUGUGGAGCGAGGAAGAGGUAGAUGCGGAUGGGGAUAAGACCCCAUUGAAGCGACCAAUGAACGAGCUGCAACGCGCCGAUUCUAGUGGCAGUGAAGGUGCUACAGACAUCGUAGACGACGUACAAGAGCAUCGUCCACCAACUCCACUGCCUCAAGCUAUUCCGGAUGAACCCAUCGUUAUCAAUCUAGUUUUGAGACUGAGGAACGCAUGGAAGGAAUUAAACGACAUUCGUUUCGAGUACAUAUUUGGCAAGGAUACUGCCGAGGGCAUCGCCGAAGAGUUAGUCGUCGCUGGUCUCGUGGAUCCGGUAGACUUGGAGCCUAUCUCUAUCAACCUUGAAAAGCUGCUGGAAGCUUACAACCCCACCCCUGCGAAGACCGUAACCUUCCACCUGAACUCGUCUGGUCCCAACGAGCAGUUCGACAACAAAACUUUCACUGGCUUCGCUCAGAUAUCUAUCAUCGAUCCCCAGUGAUUCCACGGCUUUAUUCCUAAAACAUUAUUUUUUGUAUUGGUAACUUGCUAAUUAUACUUGUUUCACUUAUGAAUGGUGCUACAGUUUAUUAUAUUGUAUGAUGUAUCAAAACAAAAAUGACUUAAUAUGAUUUUUAACCAUCACUUCAAUUCAAUCAGCCGAUUAAACAAUGAUCGCAAAGUGGACUUAGCUUAUUAAUUGUAUCAACUAAAACUAUUAAAAAGUAAACUAAACGAAAAAUUGAAAUUUAGUGUUAUAUAGUGUUAGUUUUUUCAUGAUUUAAUACUCUCUAAAUUUCACAAGGAGAGUUUCUUUGAAUACAUGAUUGGGAAUUCCUUAUACUGUAACUUUACUCGUUAUUCAUUAAAAAUCGCAUCAGUGAAGCUGAAAGUGAGUAAUGGAUUACGAUUGUCGCAGAUAAAUUGAAAAGUAUGGAAUAUCUUGUCUUUUUUUUAAAUAUAAUUUAGUCGCGUACCAGGCUUGCUUGUUUUAGAUAGCCAUAGGAAAAAAAAUGUAGAAAUUCAACUAUAUGUGGUUGACAAUUUAUGAACCUAACUUCUGCAAAAUUAGUCAAGGAUGGAUAAUAUAAUGCAUUAAAAAUCUAUUAAUUUAUUUUUGUUUUGAAAAUGUUUUUUGUGUAAGUUUUGAAAAUGUGCUUUGUGUAUGUAAAAUUUGGCGCCAAUUUCUGCUGGCCGAAACGCGCCCGACCAAAGAUCUUUAUUUAUAAAAAAAAAAUUGAUAUGUGUAAUUUAAAAAAAAACAUUUGACAUUUUUGUGUAAUUCUUUUUGACUUAGGUAUUGUCAAAUCUAUAAUUGGUUUAAAGUUUGUGCUGUUGUGAGGCAUACAAAAAGAUUUACUGACUAUUCUUAUGUCUGGCUGCAUGGUUAAGAUAAAAUUUAAAUUUAUGUCUGUAUGUUAACUUUAUAUUCAUGUUCAUUUCAAUAAUAAUAAUAAUAAAAAGUAUUCCUAUUAGCAUAAGUUCAUGUCCUACGAUUGGGCACGUCUAAGAAAGACGUAUUUAAAAAUUUCAUCCAAUUUCUGUUCAUAUGUGUCAUACAAAUUUUUUUUAUUAUAAUACUUUAUAAUAAAAAAAAUUUUGGCGCCAUAAACCCACCUAUGUGUCUAUACCAAUCUAUUUCCUAUAGGGCCAUUUGCCGAAACUAAAACUCGAGUAAGUCUUACACAUAGCAUAUCCAUGUACGAUUUCAGGAUAUUUGCCUAUAUGUCAUUGAUUAUUGCGAAAGCUCUCAUAACAAUCGUUUAUAAUGUAAAUCUAUUGAUACAUACUUAUCUAACGUCGAUUUAGUAGACAUUUAUAUUCAACCUGCGAAUUUACCUAUUAAGAUUAUGUUUAGAUUAAUAUCAUUGUCCCUUUUAGUCUAUAGCAGUAGACACAGUAGAUCCACUAAUAUGUUACUAUCAUUUUUUAUACAGAAUAUUGCCAUAUCUUUUAUAAUAUGAACAAAAUUCCCAUUUCCCUCCAACUAGUCGGGAAAGACUGUGCUAGGAGUGGGUACGACAAUAGACCAACGGAGCGGGGAUCGAACCGUCAUCUCUUGGUGAUGAGUCCAACCGCUCUUACCGUUGAGCUAUUGAGGCACGCAUUGUUGUAUUAAUAUUUCUUAGCUAGGCUCAAUCAUUAGUGUGCACUUCAAUUAUUAUUCUCAUUGGCAAACAAAUAAUGGUUAAUUAUUGAUUAAUAUAGUGUUAUAGGGACUACUAUUGUCAAACACGUACACUAUUCAUACACUUUAUUCAAGUACUAAUGGUUUACAAAUAAAAUAACUGGGGUUGUUACAUAGAUCACGUAAAUAGCGCACUCGAUAGGAGCGCGUCCGUUCGCUAUUCAACGUUGUGGACGACUAACUAUGCCUAUGCGCGGCGCGCGGGCGCCGCGGUUAAUAGUGUUGGGAAACGUUUAUAGUGAUGCGCUAUAGUGUUCAAUAUUUUUUUAAAAAUUUAAACUAAUAAUAAUCUGCCUGUAUGUGUAUCAGUGAACGUUUCAAAGCUUUAACUAUUAUAUCUUUAUUCGACGAUUUGUCGUUUUUGUGAUCAUCUAACGUCGGUUUUUUAACGAAAUCAAAUAAUUAUGGUGAUUUUACCUAAAGUGUAUCAGCAUAAUAUUAGUAGUAGCAAGUAGUAACGUUAUUUAACUAAAUAAUGUUAACUAAUGCAUUGUUAAAUUAAUAUUAAAAAAUCACUUCCACUAUAUGGGAAAAAAUGUCGUUGAAAUUGUUUAGUUGAAAUAAUCAUGAUAGAUGAUCGCAAAAAUGAAAAAUCGAUGUAAAACGAUGUACUGGCUCAUGAUUUGAAUCGUAUAUAACUAUAAUGCAGAUACCGUUGUGAAUCUAAAGCAUGUCCACUAAAUAAGAGAGGCAAAAUAAUUGUAACUGAUGCACAUGCGUAUAUUUAGAUAAUUUGAUUAUUAUUUACGAAUUUUUUUUUAUAUCUAUUCAUAUUUUGUAGGCUGAGAGCCAGCAACAACCAGACCUUCGUCAUUUUAUAAAUGCUGUAAGUUAGUCAGCUCAUGCCCCUACCAUAGGUGAAUACCAAAGUCAACUAUGGAGUUUUGGACCGCCAACCACCCUACUUUAUACUUAUCACUGUAAAGUGUAUAUUUUUAGUUUUUCUCAGCAUAAUAUGAGAAAUUUUAUCCCUCAGACGGCAGUCACUCAGGUUGAUGGCAACACUUCAAAAAACACUAUUUAAUAUAAAACUUUAAAGCUUUUUAGCGAAGAGUUGCCAUGAAGCCACGUAUCUGCCUAAUGAGAAUGUAAUUUCUCACAUAAUGCCGAGUAACAUUAAAAAAAACACUUUAUAAUUAAAUAUUCGAGGUUCUGCAUGGUAUCUUUUUAACUCGAACCAUAAUUGGCUAACGUAUUUACGGUAGCUGACAAACUUUCAUAUGUUAUAAAAUGACGAAGGUCUGGCUGUUGCUUGCCCUUUGUCUGUUAUAUUCGUUGCUCUCUAUGACGCUCUAGGGUUUAUGUUACAAGGUAGUUUAAUUUAAUCGCAGUUUAAUAAAACCUCCUACUGCGCCAACUAAUCAUAUUCACGCUGUUAGUGGUUCUACUGUAAUGCUGAGUUGCUUUUAAUAAGCAAUGCAUUCCGACUAGCAUUUGUAUUGAGAUCUGAAUUUGCUUUAUUUUUAUUUUUUAUUUAAUGUGUGCUGAACACCUAAAAAUGUUUUGCAAUCCCGAACACUAGUACUUACUUAUUAUUAGAUAUAAAUACGUACAAAGUACAUAUCUAUUUGCCAACUGUAUCUUGUAUUUUAUAUUUCAUAUUAAUAGUCUUUAAUCGCGUGGCCAUGACGUCACGGCUAAAAAUGUAGGUCGCUGACCUUAUUAUCUAUUAAGUACUUUUGGUCUUGACACAUAACUAUUCAUAUGAUGAAUGAAAAGAUUUCAUCAUGUAAUAUGGUGUUGUCAUUAAUUAUUAUUAAAAAAAAGUUCAAUUGAGCUGAUUUUUUGUAAUUACUCCUUAAUUGUUAUUUAAAUUCAUAGCGGUGGGGCAAGUCAACAUUGAACGUCGGCAAGUUAUAUCCCACGUUCUCUAUGAAGCACGAAAAAUAAUUAUUGUUUUAUUAAUAAAAUAAAAAAAUUUAAUACGCCCACUGAGGAUUUCCUUACAAAGUCGUAGUUACUUCUUAACGUACUUUAAAUAACACAUUCAUUAAUUAAAAGUUUUCAGAUUGUUCGAUACUUGUAGUAUGACGAGUUUAAUUGCCAAAUUUUAUAGCUCUAGGUCAACAAAAAAUUCGCUUUAGAUUGAUUCCUUUUAGAGUGUCGAAAUAUACGUUUUUUUACAACAGUUUCUUUAUAUUAUUUCUAUUAUCUUAAAAAGUUUGAUUUUUUCACUGUAUCUAGGUCUGAAUCUUUAUCAGCUGACUUAAGUGUUAUCUGACUUAAUAUGUCUUGCCCGCCUCUGUGAAUUAGUAUUGUAAUACAGUUUGAAACAGUUGGAAUUGCAUCAAUAUGUAAUUUCAACUGUAGUUGGAUGCAAUUUUUUUGAUGUUUACGAACAUCGAGCGUUAAUCUGCGCGAUACAAGAUUUUAGGUAUCUACGGUAAAGUCGGGGCGCGGUGGCAGGUCACCACGCGCCCGCUUCCUAUCCACCUGAAGUCGCCUCAGGCGUCUUGCUUUUGUAUGACCUACGCGAAGGACUACCCGAACCUUAUUUUUGACGGCCUCCGUGGCGCAGUAGUAAGCGCGGUGAUUUUACAAGACGGAGGUCCUGGGUUCGAUCCCCGGCUGGGCGAUUAAGGUUUUGUUGAUUGGUCCAGGUCUGGCUGGUGGGAGGCUUCGGCCGUGGCAAAUUACCACCUCGGCAAAGACGUACCGCCAAGCCAUUUAGCGGUCUGUUGCGAUGUCGUGUAGAAACCGAAAGAAUUGUGGAUUUUCAUCCUAACAAAUUAGCCCGCUUUCAUCUUAGAUUGCAUCAUCAGUUACCAGUCAAGGGCUUGUAAAGAAUAAAAAAAAAUAGGAGACGUCAUUAAGAUUGCAUCCGACUAAAAUCCGACGAAUUUAGUAUUAGAACAAAUACGGGACAUCAAUUGUAAUACCUAAACUUUUUGAUUAUAUAUAAAAAAAAAGAAUUGCUAAAAUUUUAUAUUUGUAAGUUAACUAUAUUGUAAUUUUGUAAGCGAUUUUAUGAAGUAAUGUUUGUAGUUCAAUAAAUAUAUUUUGUGAAAUUUA